GCCAGUGUGCUGUCUGAUCGCUGGUAUUUAAUCAGACAGACAAGACAUUAAGAUAGGGAGCGAGAAACGGCUGCCGUGCCGCGGUGAAAGCGUGAACCCUUUCCUCUGCCGUGUCGAAAAUAAUUCAUCACGUUUUCUCGUGCUGUACCAGAGGACACAGCCACGCCUGUUAGCCAGGAGGAACUAGGACUGAGUCAUGCUUAGACCACAAGGGGCUGAGAGGUGUGUGUACCUCGUACUUCAGUUCCCGUGAAUGCCUCUCACCAUGGCUAAGAGGGAGACGGGCAGCACCAGCCCUGUGGUGCGACAGAUAGACAAGCAGUUCCUGGUCUGCAGUAUUUGUCUGGAGCACUAUCACAACCCGAAGGUCCUGCCCUGUCUGCACACCUUCUGCGAGAGAUGUCUCCAGAACUACAUCCCGCCACAGUCGCUCACGCUGUCGUGCCCAGUGUGCCGGCAGACAUCCAUCCUGCCUGAGAAAGGUGUAGCGGCGCUGCAGAAUAACUUCUUUAUCACUAACCUGAUGGAGGUGCUACAGAGAGAGGCGGAGUGCUCGCAGCCCGAGGAGCGCAGCGUUCUGGAGUCAGCCAGCGCCGCCAACUCGGCCCAGCCGCUGUCCUGUCCCAACCACGAGGGCAAGGUGAUGGAGUUUUACUGCGAGUCAUGCGAGACAGCGAUGUGUCUGGAGUGUACGGAGGGAGAACACCGCGAGCAUGUGACCGUUCCUCUGCGAGACGUUCUCGAGCAGCACAAAGCAGCGCUCAAGGACCAGUUGGACGCCAUUCGCAACAGGCUUCCGCAGCUGACGGCAGCCAUCGACGUCGUUAACGAGAUCUCCAGGCAGCUCUCUGAGAGGAAGAGCGAGGCCAUAUCUGAGAUCAGCAACACUUUCGAGGAGCUGGAGAAAGCCUUGCAUCAACGCAAGAACACCCUCAUUACCGACCUGGAGAACAUCUGCAGCACCAAGCAGAAGGUGCUUCAGGGCCAGCUGGCUGCUCUCCUGCAGGGGAAGGAGAAUAUCGAGAGCAGCUGCAGCUUUACAGAGCAGGCUCUGAGCCAUGGCAGCGCCACCGAGGUGCUCCUGGUUCAGAAGCAGAUGGGCGAGAGAGUGGCAGCGCUGGCGCGCCAUGCUUUCCCCGAGCAACCGCACGAGAACGGGCACCUGGAUUGCCAAGUGGAGACCGAGGGCCUCCGUCGCUCCAUCCAGAAUCUGGGAGUUCUGAUCACCACCAGUGCUGUGGGUCACACCAGCGUGGCUACCGGAGAGGGACUACGGCACGCCGUGGUGGGACAACACACCACCGUUACUGUUACCACCAAGGACAAAGCUGGGGAGUUGGUGAAGACCGGCAGCGCAGCCCUCGUUGCACAAAUCACCGGACCAGACGGCUCGGUCACCAACGCCGAGGUGACCGACAACAAGAACGGCACAUACGAGGCGGGCUAUACACUGUCCGGCGAGGGCGAGUUUUCCUUCUCACUGCUGCUGUACGGCCAGGCCGUGAGGGGAAGUCCGUUCCGCCUGCGCGCCGUCAAAGCCAGCGACGCCCCGCACUCCCCCGAAGACGUCAAGAGACGUGUGAAAUCUCCCGCGGGAGGAGGAGGGGCUCACGUCCGGCAGAAAGCGCUGCGUCGCCCCGCCAGCAUGUACAGCACCACCAAGAAGAAGGAGAACCCCAUCGAGGACGAGCUCAUCUACAGAGUGGGGACGAGAGGUCGAGAGCGGGGCGAGUUCUCCAACCUCCAGGGCAUCUCCACAUCCACCAGUGGACGUAUAGUGGUGGCUGAUAGCAACAACCAGUGCAUCCAGGUGUUCUCUAACGAUGGUCAGUUCAAGCUGCGCUUCGGGGUCAGAGGUCGUUCGCCAGGGCAGCUGCAGCGUCCCACCGGUGUGACAGUGGACGUGAACGGGGACAUCAUCGUUGCAGACUAUGACAACCGAUGGAUCACGAUAUUUUCUUCAGAUGGAAAGUUUAAAAGUAAAAUUGGAGCAGGAAAGCUGAUGGGACCCAAAGGAGUAGCUGUGGACAAAAACGGUCAUAUCAUAGCUGCAGACAACAAAGCCUGCUGCGUUUUUAUCUUUCAGUCCAACGGCAAGCUGGUGACCAAAUUUGGAGCCAAAGGAACAUUAGACAGGCAGUUUUCAGAUAAAAUUACCGCAACCACCCCAACGGAGCCAAAGCUCAGUAAAUCAGGCCCAGCCUUCAGUCCCCAUUUUGUGGCUGUGAACAACAAAAACGAAAUAGUAGUCACAGACUUCCAUAAUCACUCCGUUAAGGUUUAUAACGCAGAUGGCGAGUUCCUGUUUAAGUUCGGUUCUCACGGAGAAGGUAACGGCCAGUUUAAUGCUCCGACAGGAGUGGCAGUGGAUGGGAAUGGAAACAUCAUUGUUGCAGACUGGGGUAACAGCAGGAUACAGGUGUUUGACAGCUCAGGCUCGUUCCUGUCGUACAUCAACACCUCGGCAGACCCGCUGUACGGUCCUCAGGGUCUGGCCCUCACCUCCGAAGGACACGUGGCCGUGGCAGACUCGGGGAACCACUGUUUUAAAGUCUACCGCUACCUGCAGUAGGAACCUCAUCGAGGAUCAUCUAGUUAAAGUAUCGUCCAUGUGUAACCAUUUGAUUUUGCACACCACAAAGACCUCUGCCCCCGAAGCGACCUCGAUUCGAGUCCAAUUGUUCAAGCUCAAGCAGGGUCUGACAUUUCUCCCUCAUGGAUAUUGCACUGAUUUGAAUCGAAUUAAAUAAUAAAUGAAAUUAGACAGCAUUACUAACAACAUACGAGAGUAAUAACAGUCACGGCACUCCGAGCAGUGUUUGUGAAGGCAGCUACUCUUCAGCUUUUCCACUUCUUGAUUUAACGACGAUCAAACCGGUCAAUUAUACGAUUUUUCAGUGGCAUGAAAUUCCUCAAUUAUCAAAUUGCUGUCUUACGUACUGUGAAAACAAGCCAUUUCUAUCAGACGAACAACUCGUCGCAUACGUUAAUGCAUUUCUCUCAUAUCGUGUGCGUCCACUGCUUUCGCAACGCCACAGUGCUUCAGUAGGAUAAAGCUCGAAAUGCCAGUGUUUCAGCUUUUAAUGUGCAGGUAGAGGACACGCAGCUUCUAGUUCUAAUGCUCAUCUGCCUUAAAGGUCUCUGCGUAUAUCUGACAGGGAUGUCGGCGAUAUCACCCGGCACAACCGCACAACUCUAGACGUAGUGAAGGACAAUUUAAUUUAUUUGAUUUUGUAUACAGUGUUAUGAUUUGCAGGUUUUUUUUUUCUUGUUUGUUUUUUAUAAUUUCUGUAAUGUAUAUCUGCAAAUGCCUUGACAUACAGUACAGUAGACGCUACUGCAUGAACCGCUUUAGUGUAGGAAGCACACAUAUUGCCAAACAUGAAUGGUGCAAACAUGAACAUCCUCGAGACGGGGGAGGGGGGGAGAAAAAAAAAAAAGGUCGGUCAAUUUGUGCCAAGAGUACAAGACUAUUCGGGGUGUUAAUAGUUUUGCUUCUAAGAUUUAAUAGCAUCAUAACAUUGUAAAACCACAGACUCCAACAUUUCCGCCGUUUUUUGUGAGCAUUGCAUUAUGUUUUUAUGUUAUUAAGCUGAAAAGGAAAAGUCGUGAAAAAAGCAUUUCCUUAUCCAGAACCAGGGAGACUUGUAUACGGUUAAUUUUGUGCCAAAAGUAACAAAAACGAUGAACUCCACUUGCAAAAUGAUGUUAUUACAGUAAAACCAUACAUUCUGUGAAUUAAAUUGUUAAAUAAAUAAGUUAAACCUAUCCUGUAUGAACAAGUUUAUAAUCCUUGAAUCAUUUAAUUGAAUUUCUUUUCAUUACAAAACCUAAAAUCAAAAAACGAAAAAGUCACUUUUAUUUUCAAGGUUUUUUUUUUGGGGGGGGGGUAAAAUUAAAGGGGCAAAAACACCAGCGGUUGAAGGUUCGAUCCCCGCCUCUGGGUCUGUGUGCAUGUUGAGUUUGCAUUGCGUUCUCCAUGUGCUUGGUGGGUUUCCUCCGGGUACUCUGGUUUUCUCCCACAGUCCUAAGACAUGCAGAUUAGACUAAUUGUUCUCUAGUUGUGUGUAAAUGAAUGUGUGUUGUGUGCAUAGGUGCCCUGCGAUGGAUUGGCACCCUGUCCAGGGUUGUACCCCGCCUUGUGUCUAAAGUUCCCUGGGGCUGGCUUCAGGUUUCCUGCGACAGUGCAUACAGGAUAAGCGGUAUAGCAGACGAGUGAAUGAACAAUUAGUGUGACCCUUCAGGUGUUAUGCUGUAUAGAGCUCCCUGAGGGUAAUGUAGUUAAAAAAAAAAAAAAAAGUGUUCUGCGACCUCUACACAAGCAUAAUAGCCAAAUUUUGUACAAAAAUGCAUUUUGAAUAAAUAAAAUUACACACAGCCAUUUACAGUAAACGGUAUUUUCAUUUGGGGAAAAAAAUGAUUGGGUUCGGUUUUCUUUUAUUUUUGGUUGUAAAAUAAAAAAACAAUGCACCAAUUAUAAAUACUUGUAAAAUACAAAUAGUUGUACUCACAUAUAAGCGCAUGUUAUUUCAUGCAACCACCACCACAGAUGAAUAACAGAUGGACACACGAGUCUCCGUAUUGAUUGACAGUUGGCAGGUGGUUGCAGUCUCAGUUUCUGGAUGUUUGUUUAUUUUAGCUCGUAUGUGUGAAUUGGUCUUUUCGACAUGUUUCUUAAAUAUAAAUAAAUAAUAAUAUGACAUACUAGGUGUACGAGAUUAUAUACUGUAAAGCUUGUUAUAUUUAUUAUCGAUGUCUCUAAUUAUUAUGGAAAAAAUGAUCAAGGAAUCACUUUGUGGUUUCGUUUUGGGGCUAAACCAAAAAUAAAAAAACAGGCCUAUAACAAGUAUAAAACAGAAUAGGCUUGAUGUUAAUUAUAAUUAUAUAAUUAAACAGUGAAAUGCUUAAAUUCUACUUAUUUUUCGCAACAAAAACAUUCUUGGUUCCGGCAGAGACAUUAGAGCGUAAUGUGAUGUUGUACGUUGCACAGCCAAAAAAGGUACGCAUUCUCAAUAUUUAUAAUUAAUUUUAUUGAGCCAUAACGUUGCUGAGCUUAAACCUGAGCAACCCCAGAUCAUAACACUGCCUGCAGAGGCUUGUACAGUGGACACUAUGCAUGAUGGGUGCAUCGCUUCAUGUACGUCCCUUAUUACCCUCAUGCACACAUUGCACUGGAAUAGGGUCAAUCCAGACUCACGACAUCACAUGAUAUUUCUCUGUUGUUCCAAAGUCUGCUGUGAUUUCUUCUGUCCAUUUCAUCCCAAUGCAACUUCACCAAGCCUUUAGGUUCUCUCUGAUCCUGGUGCAGUAAUGUCCUUCCAGGGGUUGAUCAUUUGUUCCCAAGAAUUUUACCGUUCUUGAUGCAGGCCAUUAAUUUGACCCUGAGUCCUCUAUUCUGAAGACUUUUGGAAUAUAAAAGCUAUCGAAUGUUAGUGUUGCCACUGGAAAAGCCUUCAAUAAAUUACCAUUACAUAAACGUUUCUUUACAGAAAAACACUCAACAACAACAACAAGCUUUUGAAUAGCAACCUGUUUUUUAUAACCAAUUUAUGAUAAGCAUUUUUUGAGAUUAUGUAAACUCUCUGCUGUACAAAUCCCUCUGGUUAUGUAACGGUAGUUUAUUGGAGGAGCCUCUAGUGUCAGCACCUUGUAACGAUCAAUAACAUUUACAGCUCAGUUCUUUAGAGGAGUGAACUGGGUAAAUUCUCAGCUAUUCAAAACAGGAGAAAAGUGUGAGAGGGUGAAAUUUUCACUUACAUGCAGUCUUGAGCCCCUCCAGUUUCUAAAUAUUAUAUUAAUUCAAUGAUGUUGAUUAAGUUAAAGAACUGUGAACAAUUGUUUUACUGUGAAAGGCUGCGAAAUGCCUAAAGAUAGAAUUUAACCAUUGGUUUUCAGCAGCAGCCUCGUUUCCCCUCUCGUCUGUUCCAACCACUCAGCAUUCAGCAUCAGCAGUAAACUAUUUACCAACCUGAUCAUCUGUCAACAUCUGCACCUGUUUCUCACUGGUUCACUCCUUAAGUGAGACAUUUUUAUGCUUAAUUGAUGCAUAUGUCACAUUGUGGCUUAACAAACAAACAAAAAAAACAUUCAUGUGAAACUGUUCAGGUACAAAGACUUGACUGAAAAUAAGAGGCAAAAAGGUCUGGAGAACUAUUCCUUAAGACUACGUUAGAAAUGCAAGAAAGUCUGGCUGUUUGAAAGUGAAAUAUAAAGAUAUGAGGGAGGUCAAGACUUUUACACUGGACUAACGUACUGAUGAGAAGUAAGGAAGGAAGUAUAACACCAAUUAUUUUCGAUUAUGAAAUAUUUUGCAUCCAAGUGUACUUUUGGCACAUAAUUAACACAAACAAAGUGAUUUUUUUUUUUUUUUACUUCUUUAUUUGUGAUUUAUAUUGCAGUAAGGUCAGUGUUCAGUUUCAGCUACAGUAUGUUAAUAUGAAACCAUUUCUCAGAUAUAUUCCACCCUCAAUCCUAAUGCCAAAAUACAAAUCAUAUGACAUUUCUGCAUCAGUCAAAGCAAGGUGAAUCAUUUGUUUUUUAAUAAGUACCAGGCCAAACAUCAUUAUGUUAAAAGCACGAUGAUUGUUCAGUUAUCACAACCUACGAUUUAAAGAACUGACAUUUCAUUCCUGCUCAUUCCAGAAGGCAGUAGUCUCAUGAUUUACCUUUUUGAGAGAAGCCAUGAUCAUGCUUAUCUGCAACAUGAACAUUCAUCAGGAGAGCAUUUCUGAUGAACCUCUGCUGCGAUUCUAACUGUUCCUUUCCACAAACCCUGUAUUUUCUUGGUCAUAUGCACUGAAAAUAAAAGCACACAAUUUACGCA